AAAUUUAUGAUGUAUUGAUGAUUAAUUGAUGCAUUAACUUUUGAAGAGAAGAGCAUAUUUCUUGAUAUUGCUUGCUUCUUUAAAGGGGGAAAAGAUUGAUUUUGUGAAGGGAAUACUAGAUGGCUGUGGUUUUGGGACAGACGCUAGGAUUUAUGUGCUCACUGAUAAGUGCUUCAUUACUGUUUCAGAAAACAGGAUAUGGAUGCAUGAUUUAUUGCAAGAAAUGGAUAUCGAGAUCUAGGUAAACGAAGUAGAUUAUGGAGGCCCAAUGAUGUCUAUCGAGUUUUGACAAGAAAUCAGGGAACUGAGCAGGUUGAAGGGAUCUUCUUAGACGUUUCUGAAAUCAGUCACAUGGAGUUGAGUUGUCAAGCAUUUUCAAGGAUGCAUAAUCUACGGUUACUGAAAAUUUAUAAUCAUGGGGCCAGGGAUGGAUCAUAUAAGGUCCGCCUCCCGUUUGGGCUAGAGUCCCUUCCAGAUGAGUUGAGGUAUCUUCAUUGGAAUGGAUAUCCUCUCAGCACUUUUCCAUUUAACUUCCGUGUUGAAAACCUUGUUCACAUUAACUUGACUUAUAGCAACAUUGGGCAACUGUGGGGAGGAGUGCAG